AUGGCCGGUCUAUUAAAACAGGCAAUAUGUGGUUUGGUAAUAUAUAUUGCUGUCAAAAGCAUCUAUCGAUUGUAUUUCCACCCUCUCAGCAAAAUUCCGGGGCCAAAACUUGCAGCUAUCACAAGCGGCUAUGAAUUCUAUUUCAAUGUGAUCAAGGGAGGAAUGUUCAUAUGGGAGAUGGAGCGGCUACAUGAGAUAUAUGGGCCCAUUAUACGCAUUACCCCGCUUGAGGUGCAUAUCAAAGACUCAAGGUAUUACGAUGAGAUAUACGCCUCUAGCAAGCGCAGACGCGAAAAGGCUGCUGACUUGGUCGCUCGAUUUGAUCUCGAGGGUUCUGGAUUUUCUAGUAUCUCUCCAGAAGACCACCGGAAACGGCGUUCACAUGUCGAGAAACACUUUUCAAAGCAGGCAGUCUCCAACAUAGAGUAUUUGAUAUAUGAAAACAUUGACAAGCUUGAUAAUCAUUUCAAACGCGCGUUUGAAUUCCACAAAGUCAUCAGUCUCGAUGCUGGCUUCGCUGGGCUGACUUCCGAUAUCAUUCACAAAUAUGUCUACGGUUUCAACAGUGGAAAUCUUGACCACGAUGACUUCAACACGAGUGUGAGAGACGGGAUCAACGGGCUUUUCAAAUUCUCUCACGUCCUAUUCUUUUUCCCCGUCCUUCAGACUAUCAUGAACUUGCUUCCGUUGUGGUUGCUCAAAAAGCUUGACCCAUUCGUGUAUGCACUGGUGAGCCAGAAGUUGGACCUUCUUCGUCGGACAGAGGAAUUCCUGCAAAGCAAAUCGCCACGCUCGGAAACUCACUCCGUCAUGGAAGCUAUGUGUGGCCCCAGUAUGCCGGAGGAUAUGCGCGGCGCUGUUCGUCUCAACAAUGAGGGAUUUGCUAUGAUUAUCGGUGGUACCGAGACAACUGCCCGAUCGAUAGUCAUUGCGGCAUUUCAUAUCUUGAAGGAUGAGUCGAUCAAAGCCAAGUUGCGAGAUGAACUGUGGACAGUGAUGCCCACUCCUGAGUCUCAGCCAACAUGGAGGCAGCUUGAACAGUUGCCAUACCUGGCAAGUGCUCUCUUAUAUGGCUCCGCUGUUGUAUGGGAAACAUUACGUGUGUCUACUGGAAUUGCAAAUCGAUCGGCUCGUGUCGCACCUAAUGAAACGUUGGUCUACAAGGAUCACACCAUUCCUGCUGGAGUAUGUGAAGCCAUUGUUACUAGCUCCCAUCCCAGAAUGUAUAUUGACAUGAUCAAAAUCCAGACUCCAGUCAGUGAGACCAAUUAUUUUGUUCUCAUGGAUCCCCAAAUCUUUCCCGAUCCGCACACAUUCGACCCAGACCGAUGGCUACGUGCAGCUGCGAAAGGGGAGCAUCUGGAUAGAUAUAUGGUCAACUUUUCUAAAGGCAGUCGGAUAUGUGUGGGCAUGAACUUGGCGUACGCGGAGCUGUUUCUUGUACUGUCGGCUUUUGUCCGUCGUUUUGACAUGGAGCUGUUUGAGACAAGCGAAAAGGAUAUUGCUUUUGUGCGCGAUUUUGGAACCCCAUACCCCGAAAAGGGGAAUGCCCGUGUGCGAGCCAUAGUCACAAAGGUGAUGAAGGAGUGA